CGUUCGUCUGCUCUACACGUCUAGCUAUGGAGUGCGACAGUUUGAUGGACUCACCUGGUUUUUGUCGUCGGCGCGCAGUCUCCGUCGUGAGCGGCGAUGAGUACGUCUGCCCCUUCUUGUUCGAUUUCCUGACCAUCAGCGAGCUUGGGAGGGCGGCCUCUGUCUGCAGCACGUGGAGGACGAAUGCUGCCGACGAUGAGCUGUGGCGGGACAUAUACGAGAGGACACAGGUUGGAGAGGCUGGAAUGGAGGAGUGGGCGCAGUCCCUUGCCGCCAGGCCAUUCGAGGAGGACGCUGUUGGCUGGGAGGUGGAAGUUUUAAGCGAAGAGGACGUGAUGUGGACGCCAGGGCUAGUGGUCGCCUACUCUGGAGGGCGGUACCUCGUCGAGUACGUGGACGGCUCAUCGCGUUGGGAGAGCGAGUACCGGACCGAGGGCCCCUGGCACCGGCGGGGAAACAGCCGUAUUUCCUUCCUGGGCCGCCUCCACGACUCCCUAGCCGACGCAGACGGGGGCGCCGCGGCGGUCGCCAAUACCCACCCCUCCGCGCCGCCGGAUUCGAGUCGCGGAGCCCCUGCUGCCGCGGAGAAAGCGGGGGAGACUCGGUCGUUUCCCAACUGGCCUCGGCUGCGGCACGGGAGGUGGAGGGAGGAGGUCAAGGCGAACUGCUGCCACGUCCCGGCGGUCGAGCUAGUCAAACUCGACGACCACACUGAUGAGGUUCUGGACCUCAAGUUCUCUCCAGACGGCACCCUGCUGGCGACAUGCUCCCGUGACAUGUCCAUCCUUGUCUACGCCAUCGAGGCCAUGCCCGAAAACCACGGCAGCUUAAAGAAGGGGGGGAAGGAUCGCAGUCCCCGCAAAGCUCGCGCAGGUGGCGGUGGAGGCGGCGGCGGCGGCGGCGACACCGGGGUUGACGAGAUGCCCCGGGAUGGGCAAAACAAGCUGCGUCCCUUGGGCUUCAAAGGGCUCGGGGUUCGGCUCAUCCACCGCCUGCGGAGGUCUGCCACGGCUUCCGUGUGCAGGAUCUUUUGGUCUCCUUGCGGCAGGUUCAUUCUGUCGUGCCUGGAGGAGCCCAACGGCAACCCCUUCAACCCAAGCACAUCGGAACUCUGGGAUGCCAGGCAUGGGCAGUGUAUAAGCCGGUGUCGUUCCCAGCCUUUCGACGUUCACGCCGCGUGGAUGCCGGACGGAGAGCAUUUUGUCGCCGGUCUCGACCUCACCUGGGAUGAAACGGACGAUACGGUGCCCUACACGCAAACCUUCGCCAUACGCCGCCGGCCUACCCCCAGCACCCGCCGUGGCAGCACCACCCCCGCCUCCUCGGCUUCGAAGGCGGCUAUUGAGGCGCACGGUCUAGGCAGCGGCAUGGCGAUCGAUGCAAACUCGGCGCGUGCGGGACAUGACGGCAUGGCGAUCGAUGCAAGCCCGACGGACGUGGAACAUCGCGGUCUCAGUAACACCUACGAGUACAAGAGAGGUAGAACCGACACCACCACGGCAGCACUGACGGCCGACUUGGCCGCUGCAGCCGCGCCGGCAGAGGGAUCAAACGUCGCCGGGGCUUCCAAGCCAUCUGCGGCCGGCGGCGGCGGCGGUGGCCACGCCGAAGGCCGUUCGGCGAUGGGAGUGUCUGAGGGCGUGGGUUGGGGCGAGGAGGCUUUGUCGUUCUCCCCAUGCCUGUCCUCGUCGUCCUCCACGCUGACGCUGCUGCACCUGGGCGAGGCGCAGCAGUCGGCGAGCGGGGUUGGCGAUCCCGCUUGGGGAGGGAAAGCCGGAGGAGGAGGUUCCGCGGUAUCACUCCCCGUUGCUGCGAAGGGGGAGGUGGCCGGGAUCAUGUUGGUCGAUCCAGGCCUCGAGGGAAAGGGCUCGCCUGAUCAAGCGUCCGUCACCGAUGAAACGGCGGUCGAGACAGGCGGAGGGUCGCGCGAAGGGCUCCCAGCACAUGACUUGUCGGUUUCACUACCAGAAGAAGCUGCCGCUCCCGCUGGCGCUGCUGCUGCUGCAGCGGCGGCGGCAGCCACCAGCUUUGGCUCAUCGUGCAGCCCUACGCCUUUGGAACCGGUUUCACGAAGCCGCGGCGGCAGCAGCAUCGAAGGAGAGGAAGCCAUGCAACCCUGGGGCUGCCUGGGAGGCGACUCGCCCCCCGCUCCCCUUAUCCAGUACCCUUUCGAACCCUCCGCCGCUAGCGGCGACGGCGGCCACGCCAACGGCGGUGAGGGAGGUGUCCUGUUCGACUUAAAUGUGGGGGUCGGCAUCGCGGCCGUGGACGACGGCGGCGGCGGCGGCGGCGGAGAGAACGAGGAGGGGGGUGUCGAGUGGGUCAUGCAAGGCGGGGAGGUGAUCGCGCAAGUCGACGACGCGGAGAUGCCGCUGGUCGCCGAGGUUCGGCUCAAUCUUCGCAGGAACUUCGCCCAUUUCUUCCAGAUGAGCAAUUCCGGUUUGUGGGCUUGCGUGGCCACCGGAGACACUCCCAUGAUGUGUCAUCGGGUCGCGUUUAUCCCGUUGAUGGAGGCUACGGCGUCGCCACCGAAAUCGACGUCCACGAGGCCUGCUGCGAUGUCGCCCGGUGAUCCGGGUGGCUCGGAUGAUGAUGAUGGCAGCGGCAACGAUGAGAAGGACGUGUUUAUCCACGUUCUCCGGAGCGGUAGCGGCGGUGACGCCGCUUCCCUUCAGCCCAAGGUCACGGCGAGGCGGAUGGAGGCAGUGGAGUGUGGGGGUGCCGUGCUGAGCCUGAGCCUCACCCGGGACGACCGCUUCAUCAUGGUUAACGUGCGACCGUUCAUGAAAGGCGCCCUUGACAAGCUCUAUCGUCCUGAAGGACGGCAUACUGCGCCGGAGAUAUCGAACGAAAUCGAGCUUCAGGUUUGGGAUGUCGCGACCAAGAAGCUCGCGUUCAAGCUGGGCGGGCACCACGCGUUCACCACCAAGGAUUGCCCUUUCCUCAUCAUGGCGGCGCAGAGCGCUGCAGAUCCCUUCGGCGACUACGUCUGCAGCGGAUCGGAGGAGCAUCGGGUGUUCGUGUGGCACCUGCGACACCGCCUGCUCCUCGGUGUCCUCAAGGGGCACGAGGACGUGGUGAAUUCUGUGUCCUGGAAUCCGAAGUACCCCGGCAUGAUGUCCUCCUGCAGCGAUGACGGCACGGCCAUCAUCUGGGGACCCAGGGUUCGCUGAGGGAUGUCUUCCCUAAUAUUUUCUUUCUCUUGUUUUUGGGUGUCGUGCCGUGAAACCGCUUGCUGUUGGCGCCAUAUGACAACGGGUCCACACCAGUCAUAUGAGGACCUCAAGUCCGGGUUCUGUGGCCGCAUGUAUGACAACAGGUCCACGCCCGUCAUCUGGGGACCCAUUGUCGGCGGUUUCUCUCUUGCAGUUCUAGCUCUGGGUUGGCCGUGUAAACUUCGGUGCUGUCUCAGGCCCAAGGCGACACGGCCACCACCACCUUAGCACUCAAAGUCCGCUGAGGACUCCUCUCUUGUGAAGCCUUUGGCUCACAGGGUCGUAUCCUUGCUAGCCGCCAGCCCAGAUGCUGCGAAAGUUCAAACGACGUCGUGCGCGUGGGCGGGUCGUGACGCAAAUGCGGAUACAAUAUAUAGAUGCUUGGCAGCAUGUGUAUGCCAUCGUUGAGCACUACGACUUCUUAGUUAAUGCUUGCACAACAGCAGUGCGCGCCGUUGUUUUGUCUUUGUCUUCACCAUGGACCAUAUUACAUCCGAGAAGGGGUGUUGCCCGCGCAUGAUUCGAGGGUUGCAGGGAGUGGUACCUCAGAGCGUGUUUCGAUCUCGCUGCUGCCAUCGGAAACAAUCGCUUUGGCACGUAGUUGGAAUAGAGGUUUGCGAACACGUGGGCAUGCAUGGUGUUUGGUUGUUGUCCCACUCAGUUAGGUGUAGCAUUGGCGCUCUGCGGCAACAAGAGCUUUCGAGCAAACCCUUUCGUGCUCAGAGGCGGAUUAACGGGGCUCCAGGGUAGGUAAUCCAACACAUUUGUCACGCCCCGGGGGGGGCCAAUUGCGUAGCGGGCGAAUACAAAAACCAUGCGUACGUAGUCCAAACAAUCACGCAAGCCACGAGGAGGCGUGUAGAGCGUGGGGUUAGAUAAUCUGUGGCCGAUAAUUGUUUAUAUUUGCGACACUUGUAAGGGGUCAUUGUGGGGACCCGGUGGCUGGCACGUUGGCCGGUGACAUUGCGGCAGCCCGAGCGCAAGCAGCACAUGGGCGUAGAGGUUCGUUUGGGUAGAGCAACGUCGCGAUCGAUCCGGCCGGGUAUCAAGAUCGUGGGCUGAUUGAUGCCUGCAGAGGCAUUGUUCUCUUCCCUCCUCCCCUUCCAUGCUGUUCGCAGCCUCCUUUGCAAAUGGGCACACACACGGGAGGGAUCGUGGAUUUGUAUAUGUUGAAUCUGCGUCACGAGCUUAGCGGUUAGACCAUUGACCACGAGUCCGCGAGAGGACGGGUGGAGCAUUGUCCCCAUGGGUAAACACCGGGAAGGUAAAUAUUUACGGGGGGACUCGUUGUCGCUUUGGGGCAUAACCUCGUUUCGACCCGAAAAAAGUGUAGCCAGCGUGAUGGACGUUUUCGGUAGUUUGCUGUUAUUGGAAGGGGACGGGAACACUUCGGGCAGGGUACUUGUGUCAUGGCCUCCGACCAUCCGCGGGCAGAGAAGUGGUCCAUAUCGUCGUUUGUUAUGAUCUCGUAACUCGACGAGAUGCGGGGAUAUGCAGCACCUGCCUCCAAAAUUAUUCCAUUUACGUACGCGGCCGUGAUUUAACCCCACAACGGGAAAGGUGAGAGACACAACUGAAUACGCGUGAUUAACCCCACAAUGGGGAAGGUUUAGAGAUACAGCUGAUACAUGUGAUUGUCACGGGUCUUCGGAGCUCU